UGAGGAUUUUUUUUUUUUUUAUGGGGUUGGUGGCUCUGAAAAAGCUGCACGUCUUCUCUGAGGACUACAGACCUCUCUCCACCCUCUCCACAUUCAGCCUCUCUGGGCUCCAGGGCCAAAAGAUGUCUACACUCAGGUGGCAGACAGGCCUGUGAAGACCUCCUGGUGACAUGCUCACAUGUUGCUGGGACUAAAGGUGGGAUUUUAGCCACCACAGUGGGCUGGUGGUGAGAUGUUUACCAACAGGAGGUACUUUGUCCCUCAUGUCCCACUUAAAGAUUCAGUCCAACCUGGCCUGUGCUUCUGCUGUCCCAAGAGACUCUAGAAAGCUCCAAUCCACCCUGAGGUUGAUCUUUUAAGUCAGGGUAGGCGGUCAUUUGGCAAUCAACUGCUCUACUGCCUCAAUGUCCUCCUCACUGGACAUCCUGCCCCAAUUCCAUCCUGUUCAGCGCAGACUGAUUUUCCUGGAACACGAUGUUCAUUACAGAGCCAGAUGGCAUAUCAGAAAGAGCACUGUAUUCGGAGUCAAGAGAUCCAUGGGGGAGUCCCAGCAUUACCCCUGAUGGCUGUAUAGCUUUGGGGAAAGUGUGGCCCUCUUGGCAUUCAGUUUUUCUUCCAGCGAAAUAAAGGAUUCAGCCUCCCAGAGCUUUCAAGUCUUUCCAACUCUUUCAUUCAUUCUAUGGUCUCUCUCUCCUCAAGAAUCCUCGGUGGCUGCCCUCUGCAAAAAAAGCCCAAACUUCUUGGGCUAGCAGCUCCCAAGGCAUCCAUCACCUGGCCCCAAACCACCUUCUAAUGUUUUUGUUAUGACCCCAUCACCACCCUCCCCCAAGCCACCCAGCCUUCUCCUUGCUGCCCUGACGUACUCUACCCAUGCCUUCACCUCCCCUCUGCUUGCCGCAAAGCCCUCCCUUCAAAGCCCUGCCCCAAGUUCACCACAGGCUUCUUUCCUGGAGCCUUUGCUAACAUCCCUGCCGCAAGCCCCAGCCUAAGGUGAGCUCCUCUCCUGAACUGCUAGAACUUCUCUGCAGACAACUUGUUGGCCCUUAGGGGUUCCUGCCUGGGCACCCAGUUGGAUGAAGCACUCCAGAAAGGAAGAAACUCCUGGGGCCAAGGGAAAUGAGGCAGUGGCCUUGGACUGUGCUGGGAAGUCCUAUGGGCCUGGUAUGAAACCAUUGUCAUCUGCAGGGUGUUUCACAGGUUAGAAGCCACUUCCCCCAUCGCCUCAUUUCACCCUCAAAGACUCUGGGUAAGGAGAAUUAUUUGUGGUCUGCCUAAGGCCAGUCAAUGAGGGAGGAGCCAGGCCCAUGCUAAGUGUAGAUCUUCCAACUCUAGGUCCAAUGCACUUCCCUCUCAGAAGAGGCAUCCACUAAAAUAGGGACCAAAGCUGAUGGGGAAAGGCAAGGCAAGCUGCUAUGUGAAAAAACGCCAGGCCAGGCAGUCAUGUCACAGCACCUGGCAGAAAUGACUGAAGUAUAGCCACUGGCUGAAGUUAUCCCCACACCCACUCUCUGGAGAGGACGAUCAGGAGCAAUCUGCUCAACCGGGAGGUGGGACUCUCCUCCUCGGGAAGGUGUAGAAUCACCAGCCUGACUCCCUGCAGGCUCCCGGGGCUCACAGACGCCAGAGCAGCAACAGCACAUGGGAAACAACGGGGCGCCGGACUGGGGAGGUCUCAGAGCUCUCCGAGUGAUGACUGCCUCAUUUUACCCAGGGAGAAAGGGCGAGUAAGCUAAGGUCACACAGCAACAAAGCUGCACCCAGACCCCAGGGCCACUCUCCUCCCUCCCUCCUCCACCAGGGCCAUGCUCACUUGGGGUGCCCCGCCACCCUGUGUUCCAGGGACAGCUGGAGCACAUGCUUCACCCCUCGCCAACCCAGCAAUCCCGCAGGGCAUCUGACCUCCACUGUUGACUUCUACCCAGAGGACAUGAACAUUUUUAGUUCCCAAGGAAUGUACAUCAGCCCCACGGAAGCUAGGCCACCUCUGGGAUGGGGUUGCUGGUUUAAAACAAACACCAGUCAUCCUAUAUAAGGACCCGACAGCCACCAGGCACCACCUCCGCCAGGAAUUGCAGGCCCACCUGUCUGCAACCCAGCUGAGGCCAUGCCCUCCCCAGGGACCGUCUGCAGCCUCCUGCUCCUCGGCAUGCUCUGGCUGGACUUGGCCAUGGCAGGUUCCAGCUUCCUGAGCCCUGAACACCAGAGAGUCCAGCAGAGAAAGGAGUCCAAGAAGCCACCAGCCAAGCUGCAGCCCCGAGCUCUAGAAGGCUGGCUCCGCCCAGAAGAUGGAGGUCAGGCAGAAGGGGCAGAGGAUGAACUGGAAAUCCGGUUCAACGCCCCCUUCGAUGUUGGAAUCAAGCUGUCAGGGGUUCAGUACCAGCAGCACAGCCAGGCCCUGGGGAAGUUUCUUCAGGACAUCCUCUGGGAAGAGGCCAAAGAGGCCCCAGCUGACAAGUGAUCGCCCACGAGCCUUACUCACCUCUCUUCCUCCUAAGCUUAGAAGCACUCAUCUGGCUUUUCGCUUGCUUCUGCAGCAACGCCCAUGACUGUUGUACAAGCUCAGGAGGCGAAUAAAUGUUCAAACUGUAUGCUGAUGUUCCAAAUGGGAAUGUAUUUCAAAGAGGAAAAGUUAACAUUUCACUUUAAAAAAAUCAAAAUAAUACAAAUAAAAAUAAUUCUUGGUCUAUGGUCUGUGGGAAGGGAAUAAAAGGACAAGUAGCAAGGCCAGUGUGCAUGCUUAGAAAACCUAAUCACACCAGCUCACUCAAGCAGAGAAGCUACUGCAUGUGCACGCACUGUGUGGAAUUAAGACUGGGUUUCUUAGAG